GUGCAAGGGCCAUCCCGUGUCAACAGUCAAUUGAUGUUGGAUGACCUUUUGACCCCGUGCUCACCUGGGGACCCGGGUGCCAUAGAAUUGACCUGGAUGGAUGUGCCUAGCGACAUGCUGCUGGAGCCCAUCGUCUGCAUGGUAAGAAACACACACUCACAGCACAGACAUACUCACUGUGUUCAUUGACAUUCACAUUCACUGCUCACAAACAUGCUGGAGCAUAUGAUGUUUCAACAUACACAUCCUGGCGUUGCACACUGACUCUCACAUUUUGUGUAAUUGCUGAACCAUGCUCAUGCUUUUGUUUGUCUUCUCUGUGUCCCUCUGCCCGCCAGUCUGACAUACUGUGCUCACUAUCCACCACACGGCCCACAGUCAACACUGAGGACUUGUUCAAGGUCAGGAAGUUCACAGAAUACUUUGGACAGGAGGGCUGA